AUACCACCACCAAUUCUGCCACCACCACCAAUACCACCACCAAUACUGCCACCACCACCAAUACCACCUCCGAAACCACCGCUCCCUGCACCUAUACUCCAACCACUACCACCUAUACUGCCACCGCCGCCAAAACGACCACCAAUACUCCCACCACCACCAAUACCACCACCUAUAUUACCGCCACCACCAAUACCACCACCAAAACUGCCACUACCACCUAUACCACCACCAAUUCUGCCACCAAUUCUGCCACCACCAUUAAUACCACCACCUAUACUACCACCACCACCAAUACCACCACCAAUUCUGCCACCACCACCAAUACUGCCACCACCACCAAUACCACCUCCGAAACCACCGCUCCCUCCACCUAUACUCCAACCACCACCACCUAUACUACCACCGCCGCCAAAACGACCACCAAUACUCCCACCACCACCAAUACCACCACCAAUUCUGCCACCACCACCAAAACUGCCACUACCACCAAUACCACCACCUAUACUACCACUACCACCAAUACCACCACUUAUACUACCACCACCACCAAUACUGCCACCACCUCCAAAACCACCACCUAUAUUACCACCACCACCAAUACCACCACCUACACGGCCACCACCACCAAUACCACCACCAAUUCUGCCACCACCACCGAUACCACCACCUAUACUACCACCACCACCAAUACCACCACCUAUUCUGCCACCACCACUAAUACUACCACCUAUAACAAAUCUUGCAUCUAAACGAAAGAGAAAAACCCACGAUGUUAACAUGUAG